AUGACCUCUUUUGAAGAAGCUGAAACUGAAGAAACAGUAACAUGUCUCCACAUGACCUUCUACCAUCCUUGCCAAAAAGACAAGAUGAUGUUUCGUUGCUUGAACUUCUGUAAGCGAGAACAGGUCAGAGCAGAUGAAAUGGCCAAGUUUGGCCGCGAUUCUAAUGUCUGCCAUUAUAACUUAACGGAUACUCGUGUUUCUCGGAUUCAGUUUUCAUUGCAGUUUUACAGAAAACUGAACAGCUCAGAAUUUUGUUUUGAGAUAAAGAACAUGAGCAAGAAAACAAAACUGCUAGUGGACCAAACAGAACUGGGUUACUUAAACAAAACAGACCUGCCAUGGAAGUGCAUCAUCUGUUUUGGGGACUACCAGAUUUUAGCAGAGGUUCAAGAAGGGGAGUCCGUGGAUUAUUUUGAGACUUACUUGCACUUGACUGAAGUGCCAAUCUUACAAGAAAGAUGCCUGCCAUCACUGCAACCCAUACCGGAGAAUGGCAUUUCUUCUUCCUUGUUUCCUUCCCAAGGCAAAAGCCCCAUGGAGACUGAUGAAAAUGAGUCAUGCUAGCGGGGAGAAGGAGGCUGGAUCAGGAUUUAUCAUUUGCAACCUGCACAACUUCCAAAACUGAAGGCUGUUAUCUCAGUCCGCUGUUCUUGAUGGUUCUCACUGCUGCA